GUGCUUCUUCUGUUGUGAAAUGAAACUUUGUAGAAUUGGCAAACAAAACAUAGAACUGGUAUAAUUUUUUUAAUUAUUGUAGUGUCAUUUAUGCUGUGAUUUUCAUCGAGAAUUUAUUUUAUAGUCUAUUACUUGGGAUCAGUUUAUGUGCUAAAGUAAAUCAUGCCAAAACAUGGAUUUCUCACUCCAAAAGCGAUUGCUAAUCGCAUCAAAGCAAAAGGCUUACAGAAAUUGCGUUGGUACUGUCAAAUGUGUCAAAAACAGUGCAGAGAUGAAAAUGGUUUCAAAUGUCAUACAAUGUCAGAAUCCCAUCAACGACAACUUCUUCUAUUUGCUGAAAACCCAGAUAAAUACAUAGAUCAGUUUUCACAGGAAUUUUUAGAUAGCUUUAUGCAGUUGUUGCGUAGACGUUUUGGUACAAAAAGAGUUCAUGCAAAUCAAGUAUAUCAAGAGUACAUUGCAGAUCGUAAUCAUCUGCAUAUGAAUUCGACACAGUGGGAAACAUUAACAGAGUUUGUAAAAUGGUUAGGGCGUGAAGGUCAUUGUGUGGUAGAUGAAACAGAAAAAGGAUGGUUUGUGACUUACAUUGAUAGGGAUCCUGAAACUAUCAGACGACAAGAAGCAUUAGCCAAGCAAGAGAAAAUGAAAUUAGAUGAUGAAGAAAGAAUGGCCAAAUUCUUUCAAAGGCAGAUGGAGAGAGACAGAGAAAAAACAGGCAUUUUGCCUGAACCGGUGUAUACAGAGUUGAAGAAAACUAGUGAGGAAGAAAAAGUCACUUUUACUAUGAAAGCUGCUGAUAAAGUAAAGAAACCUGUAUUGGAUAUAAAACAAAAUCCUUUGUUGGCAUCAUCAUCUUCAAAAAUUCUCCCUGAAAGUGUAUCUAAAAAGGGUAAAGAAUCAAAUUCAAAAGAUAAAAAAAGAAAAUUAGCAUUAGAAGAAAUAAUGGAAGAAGAAGCACAAAUUCGAGAAAAAAAGAACAGGAAAGAUUAUUGGCUUGCACCUGGAAUAGUUGUUAAAAUAAUGACUAAAAAGUUUGGUGAAGAAUUUUACAAAGAAAAAGCAAUUAUCAAGGAUGUAAAAAACUGUUAUUCAGGUAGUGCACAGUUAAUUGAAACAGGGGAAAAAAUUGAUGUUGAUCAAAAAGACUUAGAAACUGUUAUUCCUGCUAUUGGUAGAAAAGUUCUUAUACUGAAUGGAUCUUACAGAGGCUGUGAAGCAGUUUUGCUAAAAGUAAAUAUUGAGAGUUUUUCUGUGAAUGUUCGAAUAGCCUCUGGAGCUUUUAAAGGAAAAGUCAUGGAAUCCAUAAAGUAUGAAGAUGUUUCUAAACUACAUGUGCAGUCUUGAUGCAUAGAUGUCCUUAAUGAACCUGUAAAUUAUCAUUAUUUUUAUAUGAUAAAAAUGAACACAUUUUAUUUUAAAUUAUUUUUAUAAAUAUGUUUUGCAAUUUAAAA